UUCCACCCACCUUCUUGUUCCUCCUCCUACCUUCCCUCUCAGCCGCCCAGCAGCCCCAUGCAUUGCCACCAUGUUUGUCCCUUCUCCUAUUCACCUUACACUCUCCAUUGCCCACCGUUUUGAUGGUGGCCCCCCUCCCUUCCUAAACCCGUCCCUACCAUUGCCAGGGACCAGGGUGGCCACCUCCUCCCUGCCCUCUUACGUGCUGCCGCCGUUGUCGCCACUGCCUCGCCUUGCCGGCGACAACCACUCGGCCACCCUACGCACGGUCCUUCAAUUGUCUCGCCCGCGCUCUCCGCCGGCCGGACGCCCAUGAUGCCUCCAGCCGGCUACGUCGCCGUCAUCGCGCUCCUCGUCCUGCUCGGAGACGCGGCGACUGCGGUGGCUGGCAUCCGCGUGGACGCGGCCGCCAUGAUGAUCCGGCAGCCGUCGGACUCAGUCCCUACGUUCCGCGAGGCGCCCGCCUUCCGCAACGGCGCCGAGUGCGCCGGCGGGGACAAGGUGAACGUCGCCAUGACGCUGGACGCCAACUACCUGCGCGGCACCAUGGCCGGCGUGCUCUCCAUCCUGCAGCACACGGCGUGCCCGGAGAACGUCGUGUUCCACUUCCUCGCCGCCCGGAUGGACGGCGAACUCAUCGCCAUGCUGCGCGCAACCUUCCCUUACCUCGAGCUCCGCGUGUACCGCUUCGACCCCUCGCGCGUCCGCGGCCGCAUCUCCCGCUCCAUCCGCCACGCGCUCGACCAGCCGCUCAACUACGCGCGCAUCUACCUCGCCGACACGCUCCCCCCCGACGUGCGCCGGGUCAUCUACCUCGACUCCGACGUGAUCGUCGUCGAUGACAUCCGCACGCUCUUCUCCGUCGAACUCGCCGACCACGUCGUGGGCGCGCCUGAGUACUGCCACGCCAACUUCACCACCUACUUCACGGACGCCUUCUGGAAUGAUCCGGAGCUCAGCGGGACGUUCAACGGCCGGCGCCCGUGCUACUUCAACACCGGCGUUAUGGUGAUGGACGUGGACCGGUGGCGCACCGGCGGGUACACGAGGAGGGUGGAAGGGUGGAUGGCCGUGCAGAAGCAGAAGAGGAUCUACCACCUCGGCUCGCUGCCGCCGUUCCUGCUGGUGCUCGCCGGGGACAUCCAGGCUGUGGACCACCGGUGGAACCAGCACGGGCUCGGCGGCGACAACGUCAAGGGCCGGUGCCGGGGCCUGCACCCGGGGCCCAUCAGCCUGCUGCACUGGAGCGGCAAGGGAAAGCCGUGGCACCGGCUCGACGCCCGGCGGCCGUGCUCCGUCGACUACCUCUGGGCGCCCUACGACCUCUACCGGCCAACUUCGCCGGUGCUCGAGGAGUGAGCAGCACCUAAGCCAUACACUCGAAGAGCGUACUAAUCAGUUAGCGCAUGCAUGCAAAGAGAAAAGGGAAAGAAAAAAAAAAGGAGGAGGAAAUCAAACCACGGAUGUCCAUGCAUGUACGCCGAAUGCAUCUCUUCCUAUCACUAACAGGAUUGAAAUUUGCACUCGACAAGGUUUAGGAAUGGGUGGUAGAAGAAGAGAAUAUUGGUCGGUGCUGUUUCUUGGGGUCUUGAUUUGGGAGCUUAAAUUGAGGAGGGUGCAAAAAAAAUUCUUUUGUUCUUUCUUGGUUAUCUCCCUGGGGUGGUUCUUAUUUUGUUCUGCUCUUCAUCGUUUCUUAUAGGUCAUACUGUAAUUUGUAAAGAUUAGUGUGCAUGGUGGGAGAUGAGGGGAAUUCAUGCUCAAGAAUAUGUAUACUACCGUGUAUAUAUCAGUUUAUGUUUAUACAAGGACAGGACAUGCAAAAGCAAAAGCCUAAUGUUAAAUGGAAUGCUUGGGUCUCGCUGAA